AAAAAAAACCUAAAAAUUAAACUAAAUGCUCAGAUUCCAGCGGCAAGCUAAAUUCCUGAAACUUUUCUGCUACGACCGCGCGCGGGAAAGGGAAAAAAAAUUUGCAAGCGUUUAUUAGGGUUUUCACUGGUUAGGGUUAGGGUUAGGGUUUUUGAAAUUCCCAAUCUCGGCUGAAUUCCCUUCUGAAUCAAUUCUAGGGUUCAAUGGUCCGAACUUUGAAGAAAGAGGCGGUGACCAGAGAAAGAAGAGGAGAGGGAGAGAACGGCAGUGGAUCAAAUCGUCAAGAGGCGCACGAUCGGAGAGCGCUUCGAUCUCAAUACUUGGCUGUUAAGAAUCUAAUCAGCGAUGAAAGGGAGGAUAUUACUAGAGUUGAUUCGGAUAAAUUCAGUUCCAUUAUUACCCAAGUUGAAAGUUUGCAUAAGUUUGUUCAAAAGCCUAGAGAACAAGUGGCAGAUGCAGAGGCUUUAUUGGACAUUGCGAAUACAUUGGUAACAUCUGUUAAGUCUCAAAGCAAUGGUGGAAUAAAUCCAUCAGAUUUUGUAACUGCACUAUUAAGGAACUUUGGACAACAAGAUGGUGGAGCAGUUGUUGAUAAUGCUCCCAACAUGGUCUCUUGGCUAGAUGUUGGGGUUGUUGCAUCAGAUAUUUUCAAAAAGGCUCCUGGAUGCUGCACAAUGGUUGGUCCUAUGAGUACUGAGAUAAAACAACGCAAGCCUGUGGUUCAGAGGAAACGGUCAAGGCCAACUACAAGCACUCGUCCUGAAGAGCUUGAUGAUGCCGAGCCGGAAUCAAAAACAGAUACUGACAAGAACAUGGCAACUAUGUUUGAUAUCUUGAGAAGGAAGAGAAGUGUAAGGCUUGAAAAUCUAGUAUUGAAUCGAACAUCUUUUGCACAGACUGUAGAGAAUAUUUUUGCUUUAUCAUUUCUGGCAAAAGAUGGUAGAGCUGAAAUUAGUAUUGAUGAUAGCGGGCAUCAUCUUGUUUCUCCGAAGAAUGCUCCUUCAGCUGCUGCAGUAUCCUCGGGGGAUGUAUCUUACCACCAUUUUGUUUUCAGAUACGAUUUUAAGGACUGGAAGUUAAUGAAGAAUACUGUUGCUCAUGGAGAAGAGCUGAUGCCACAUAGGAUCAACCGAGACACGUGCGGUAGCAGCUCACAAUCAGAUCAGGUGCAUGCGGAGUCUCAGCCUGCUUCUGUUACUCCAAUCAGGAAGCUCACUCGAAACCGUGGCUUGGUAAUACAGGAAGAAGCAAUUGUUGAGGACUCAUUAGAGAAAAGCUCUCCGUCAAGACAAGAAAAUUCUCUAAAACAGAAGGGGAAGCGCCUGUUUAGUGAUUGAUUUUAUAGUUUGAUCUUAGCUAUGUAUAUAUGUAGUGAGCUAGGUGUAUCUUUAUUUAGACGGAAAAAGGAUCUUUGUUCAACUACUGUAACUUUCUGAACUUGUUGGGUUAUUUUUGGUGUAUUAUUGCAUGAGGUUCUGUUGCAAAAAGCACCUUGAAUGAGUUGAAAAGCUACUGACCACCA